UUAUUUUAGGGACUCAAAUGAGUCCCUAAAACAGCUGUUUUCGGGAACGUAUACAAAAAAAAUUAUUGAAAGUGAGGCUACAAAAUUGUUCACUCUACUAUUAUUUUUUCUCUAUAUUGUUUUUAUUACUAGCACAUUUGUUUUACUUCUCUUUAAUGAUAUAAUGUAAAAAGUCGAAAAGAAUAACGGGAGAUAUUUAUGAAAACCAAGUGCGCUAAGGUUCCAUAUUUUAGUACCUAAUAAAAUUUUAAAUCAGAGCGAUAUGUAGUAGUACCAGUACGCCAUUGACAGCAAUUAACAUUGUCCCAAUUAAUGUUUCACUACGUAAUACCUCAACAGAUGUCUCUUCCUCCUUGACUUAAAUCAAAACAAUGGUGUCACGUGACAGGUGUGAAUGUACACUAACAGUCAUCGUUGAUGAUCUAGGCUAGAUGUACACUAACAGUCAUCGUUGAUGAUCUAGGCUAGUCUCACUUCAAUACAAAACAUUAAUCUUAAAAGAGUAAAAUGGCCCCAACUUUAUAUAUGGUGUACCCUAGUCCCCCGGUUCGAGCUGUCCUAAUUACAGCAAAGGCCAUUGGAUUGGAAUUAGAACUCAAAGAGCUGAACUUGACCGAAGGCGACCAUCUGAAACCGGAAUUUCUCAAGAUCAAUCCCCAACACACAGUACCGACUCUCGUUGAAGAGGACGGUUCCGUUAUUUGGGACAGCCACGCGAUCAUGACAUAUCUCAUAUCAAAAUAUGGACAACACAAAGAAUCUCUUUAUCCCAAAGAACUCCUCAAACGUGCUAUCGUUGACCAAAGACUACACUUCGAAUCCGGAAUAGCUUUUCCACGAAUGCUGCAAAUAGCGGGCCCAAUAAUGCGGAAAGGAAAAACCAGUAUAGAACCUGACGACGUAAAAUUAGCCCAUGAAGUUUACGCCUUUUUGGAAAAAUUCCUAGAUGGAAAAAAAUGGAUAGCUGGUAGUCAUAUAACUGUGGCUGAUUAUAGUUUAAUUAGCACAAUUAGUACGUUAGAUCUGUUUGUAAGUGUCGAGGAGAACAUAUUUCCUAAAGUGAAAACAUGGAUGAAGAAAAUGGAAUCUUUAGGAGAAUAUGAAGCGAACAGAAAAGGGUUGGAAAUGUCUAGGGAAACUAUCGAAAGCAAACUUACAAAGAAACAAUCCACGAAUAAAUCAAAUUUGAUGGUCCCCUCAAUAGUUAACGUUCAGUUAUCACCGACACUUCAUACAGUGAAAAUGGCUCCAAAAUUGUAUAUGAUCCCGUACAGUCAACCAGUUCGAGCUACUUUGAUGACAAUUAAGGCUUUGAAUCUUGAUGUUGAACUAGUUGAAGUAAAUUUAUUAAACAGGGAGCAAUUUUCAUCAAAUUACACAAAGUUGAAUCCUCAACACUCUGUCCCAACUUUAGUUGAAGAGGAUGGUUUUGUGUUAUGGGAUAGUCAUGCCAUUAUGGCUUAUCUAGUAGAUAAAUAUGGCAAAGACGAUUCCCUUUACCCCAAAGAAUUGCAAGCGCGAGCUAUAGUCACCCAAAGGUUGCAUUUUGAAAAUGGUAUUCUUUUUCCUAGGACCAUGGACAUAAUUCGCCCUGUUAUUUAUCAAGGGGUGAAAACUGUUUCAUCGGCUCAAAUAGAAGCAGUAAAGGAAGCGUACAAUUUUUUGGAGAAGUUUUUAGAAGGUAACGAAUGGGUUGCUGGAAAAUCUGUGACUGUUGCCGACUUCAGCAUAAUUUCUUCAAUUACUACAAUGGAUGUUGUGGUUCCAAUUGAUGCAAAAGCGUACCCAAACAUUUAUUCUUGGAUCAAACGUUGCGAGAAAUUGCCUUAUUAUAACCUUAACAAGAAAGGAUUGGACGAAAUAAGAGUCCUUAUUGAACGAAAUUUGAAAUAAAACAUUUAUUAAUACGCAUGUGGUCCUGACAAAAAAUAAAACAUCAUUUGCAAAUUGA